AUGAGUUUCGAUUAUAAUAAAACAAAAUGUAAAUAUAUUAAUUUUGAUGGUUAGAUGAUCCAAUGAGAGCCUUAAUUGAAUAAUUUAUAAAUUUUGACUAAGAAUUGAAGACUAUUUAUAAUCAAAUUGAUAAAUCUUAACCAUCUUAGAAAAUGAUAGAUGGUUUCUAUAGAGGAGAGACCGAAAAAUAAAUUCGUAAAGGAAAAGGUGAAUGGAUAUCUGAAGAUGGUAAUCAUUAUAAAAUAGGAAUUUGGUAAAAUAAUUGUUUACAAGGAAAAGGUUUAGUAUUAUAUUGUAUUUAUGAAUAACAAAAAGUAAGUUAUUAUGAAGGUUAUUAUGGUACUUUUGAUAAAGGUAAACCAGAUGGUUAAGGUACAUUGAAAAAGUCAACAAAAUAAAUAUACGAAGGAAUAUGGAAGAAUGGUAAGAUGAAUGGAAAAGGAUCUAUUUAUAUUGAAAACUCUUAUUAUUGCAAAGCUACAUUUGAGAAUAAUUAGUUUCAAGGGUAUGGUGAAAUAGAAUCUAAGGAUGCUAAUAAUUAUUGGAAAAUGAUAGGAAAUUUUAUAGAUAAAAAUAAUUUUAAUGGAGAAAUAUUCUACAAAGAAGGUAGAUAUAAAGGACCUGCUAUUUACCAUUAGAAUUCAUGGUAAAUGCAUGGUAAUGGAACAUUUAUAUGGUAAGAUGGUUCAUAUUAUAAUGGGAAAUUUAGUUAUAAUUAAAGACAUGGAUUUGCAGUGAGUAAAUAUGGAAAAGAAGGUCAAGAGGAAAUGUUUUGGAAAGAUGAUAAGAAAUAUUAACCAGUUAAACACAAUUGAAUAUUCUAAUUAUAUAUUU